AUGAAAGAUACUCGAGAGUCUAAGAAUAGAAAAAAAAUAAUAUCUCAGUUUUUUUUUAUUUAUUCUUCUUUGUAUAUCGACGAACUUGUGUCUCAUUACAUCUUUUGUUCAGAACAAAGUAAAAAGUUCAUUUCAACAUUCCAUAUGGCUUCAUCUACUGAAAAUACAACGCCUAAUAACGGUGCAACGCCAGAAAUGAGUGAAGAAGCAAAACUAAGAGCCAAGUACGGCGGCGCUCUUCCUCGACAACAAAAUAUGUUGACAAAGAAAUUAAUGAAUAAGCCGAAAUAUUUCGAUUCAGGUGAUUAUAAUGUUGCGAAAUCGCAAGGUAAACUAGCUGCUAGCAAACCUGAUCCAACUAGCAAAACCAGCAGUAUAAAAGAAGGAACACCAUCGAUAGUACCCGAAACAAUCACUGGUCAUGAAAUUCCAACCCCGGAAACCGUUAUGCCGAGAAAACUAUCGUGUGCUGCAACAGUUACGCCGACAACAACACCCAUAAUUCCUAACAGCUCAAUGUCACCAACAUCAUCAACUCAAUAA